UCAGAAAAAGGACAGAGGAAAAAAAAAGGAACGCGCUAUAAAAUGCGGCCACCGCCCUCCGCCUCGCACCUCUCUCGCGUUCGAGGCGAAGCCGACGACGAGCUCAGCAGCGCCGACGCCGCACCGCAAACGGCUCGCCCCUCCCUCGAGAAUAGGUGUAAACUACAGUAAAGUAUAGUGAUGUGGUGUCGCUGGGUUUGCUGCAAUUGCCAAGUGGAUGAAUCCGAUCAGCGUGAAAAUGGGCAAUUCAAGGUCACAACGAACAAUGCUGACGGGAUGACAAAGGGAUUCAAAGAUUCUGCUACUGGAAAAGUCGAGCCUCAGAAUGCUGCUCCCCCUAUCAAUAUUCCUGUUCUAUCCUUGGAUGAACUGAUAGAAAAAACUGAUGAUUUUGGGUCAACGGCUUUGAUAGGUGAAGGUUCUUACGGGAGAGUAUACUAUGCCGUCCUUGAUAAUGGAACAAAAAUGGCAGUGAAGAAACUUGACUCUACUGAAAAUGAACCCACCACCGAAUUCUUGACCCAGGUUUCAUUGGUUUCAAGGCUGAAGCAUGAAAACUUCGUAGAUAUGUUGGGUUACUGCACAGAGCGUAAUCUUCGCAUUGUAGCCUAUGAAUUCGCCACCAUGGGUUCUCUGCAUGAUGUUCUACAUGGAAGAAAAGGAGUUCAAGGUGCUCAACCUGGCCCAGCGCUUGAUUGGAUGCAGCGAGUGAAAGUUGCUGUUGAUGCUGCGAAAGGACUUGAAUAUCUGCACGAGAAAGUUCAGCCUUCGAUUGUCCACAGGGAUAUUAGAUCUAGUAACAUCCUCUUAUUUGAGGACUUCAAGGCAAAGAUAGCAGACUUCAAUCUCUCAAAUCAGGCUCCAGAUAUGGCUGCCCGGUUGCAUUCUACUCGUGUGCUGGGAACCUUUGGAUAUCACGCUCCAGAGUAUGCAAUGACUGGUCAGCUAACCCAGAAAAGUGAUGUGUAUAGCUUUGGAGUGGUUCUCUUGGAGCUUUUGACAGGUAGAAAGCCUGUAGACCAUACAAUGCCUAGAGGGCAGCAGAGCCUGGUAACCUGGGCUACACCGAGAUUAACUGAAGACAAGGUGAAGCAGUGUGUAGAUCCUCGGUUGAAGGGUGAAUAUCCAGCAAAAGGACUCGCUAAGCUCGCUGCUGUAGCAGCUUUGUGUGUGCAAUACGAAGCUGAGUUCCGCCCAAAUAUGAGCAUUGUGGUCAAGGCUUUAUCUCCACUGCUCGUAAUUUACUCUCUGGAAUAUCUGUUAGGCUGCAAAUAUGAUAGGAACAACGGCUUGGAUAAUAGACAAAAUGGAUCGAUUCACCUCUCGGAUUCGGACAACUACAUGGAGGACGUCUUUGGUACUGCAGUGACAACCAAGCAUCUGCGGUUUUUCGGCAAUGUUCAUAUUCAUCUUUUAAGAAACAUGAAUUCUGAAGCAAGCCUGCACUUUUGGCUGGCUAUAGGAAUUGGAUGCCUGUAUUUGGGUCAAAUAUAUAAACGGGAAUGUGUAGAUGCCUAAUUUACGAGUCACUGGAAUCCAUUCAUAAUAGCUUCGGGCUGUCAUUUGACGUGGUCUCGUUGACAUAUAUAUUGCUCAGUGAGCUACAUGUAAUGUUGACUGGAAAAUUGGUGACUUAAUUGAUUUCCUAAGAUUCUAGCAUCAUUUAA